AUUUUGUAGAAGAUGGCUAUUCGGGCAUCUGGAGCAGUUGAGUCUGCAGACUGACGAUAGUAUAUACACACCGACCUUAAUCAGCAAUGUCGUCGUCUUCUGCACACACAGGGAGGGAUAAGGAGAAGGACCUGAAUACUCAUAUUGAGUCGUUCCUGGCGCAAAUGAAACGGCGCCAGAUCAAAGGUCCUCACGAUGUCGCUCUAGCCACCGCCCAGCUGCUUUUGCGUGUUGUAUCUGCAGCGCGAUGGACGCAUAUUGACCAGCUGAUCACCCAGAUCAAGGUGGUUGGCAAGCGAUUACAGAGCGCACAGCCUCGUGAACUAACCUGCGGGAACAUUGUCCGAAGAGUGCUGGCGCUGAUUCGAGAGGAGGCGGAGGACACAGAUGAUUCUGAGUCCGGAGACGGAGCGAGUAACUCUCUCCUAAUUACGUCCAUGUUCAGCUUACUUCAAACAGACUUUGAUAAAGAGUCUAGCCGUGAGAGCAGCCCGGGGGAGAAAAAAGAUCUGAAACCGUACAUUAUCGAAGGUAUACAGGAGCUUAUUGACGAGCUAAGGAACAGUUCAGAGAGUAUCGCCGGAAAAAGUGUAGAGAUGAUUCACGAGAAUGAAACAAUCCUUACUGCGACACCCAACUCGAAUACAGUACUGAAGUUUCUACUGCGAGCUGCACAAAAGCGAAAAUUCACUGUGCUGAUUGCCGAAGUGUUUCCUAACGACAUUGAGAUGGCUCAUCGGUUUGCUAUGAAGCUCUCCGAAGCUGGUAUUGAAGCGACCGUCAUCACCGAUGCGAUGGUGUAUUCAAUCAUGGGCCGCGUGGGUAAAGUUAUCUUGGGAACAUGUGCAGUGCUGGCCAACGGAGGACUCUUAGCUACAGCUGGUUCGGAAAUGAUUUGCCAGUGCGCAAAUGCUCAUCGUACACCAGUAGUUGUUUGCACGGGCAUUUACAAACUCUCACCAAUGUACCCAUUUGACACAGAGAGCCUGGUCGAGGUUGGUGACACGGGAAAAGUUCUGAAUUUUGAAGAAGGAAAUUUGGUUGAGAAAGUUGACGUCGUGAACCCACUGUUUGACUAUGUGCCGCCUGAGCUAGUGGAUAUCUACAUAACUAAUCUGGGUGGCUUCUCGCCGAGCUUUAUGUAUCGUCUGGUUCUCGAUAACUACCGACAGGAAGACGUGAAGCUAUAGUACACUAGUUAUCUUGUUCAGUCUUUCUAUCUUGAAAUGAUAUUCAGCGUCAGCGAGCUUUCGCGAACUAUGUAAAAUAGCCAACUCAGCAUUGCGAUUUGUCAGUUUGGACGAUUAAAUGAUAUAACACAAAAUCCUCUUGCACUCUCCGUGUAUUUGCUUAUUCUCUGGACAAAUUUAGUCCAUCCAACUCAGGAAACAAGAGCCUUUCGUAAAUAAUCAGUAUAUUAUAAAUGAAGCAGGCGAAAUGUAGAUUUGGUCACGUGCCCACGUGGCAGGCACGAUCAAUGGCGUCGCGUCAUGUCGGAAAUCUUACACGUGCAAGUAUUGCAGA